GCAUUCCCAGACCUUCUUGGUUCAGGUAAUACCAAUAUUAUGGACCUCCUUGCUGAACACCACCUGCAAGGAACUUCAGCUGCAUUCUAUAUCCCAAACUUCAUCUCUGAAGAUGAGGAACAGUAUUUACUACGGAAGAUAGAAGAUUCCCCAAAGCAGAAAUGGAAGACGUUGAACAAUCGUAGACUGCAAUUAUGGGGGGGUGAAGUUCUCCAGAAGAACGUUCUGUUUCGUCAGGACUUGCCUGUAUUCUUGAAUGAUUUUCCUGAUGUUCUAGGACGUCUCAGAUUCCUUGGCGCCUUCGACCAGUCCCCACACAAGGGGCCCAAUCACGUUAUAUUGAACGAAUACCAUCCGGGACAAGGCAUCAUGCCCCACGAAGACGGUCCCUCAUAUUACCCAGUCGUCGCAACUAUUUCCUUAGGAUCGCAUGCUAUCUUCCAUUACUAUCGAUAUAAUAAGGAUCAUGACAGUUCCAGUGUUGACCCUGGAUCGGUGGGACGUAGCAUCGAUCCGGCGCCUUUAUUGUCAUUGUUUCUGGAGCCUCGCAGUGUUGUGGUUACGACUGGGGAACUUUACUCAACACAUCUGCAUGGCAUAGACGAUGUAUAUGCCGACACGUUCACCGGUGAUGGUUUCCUGCUUCUUCCAAAUGGAUCGCACUCGCGGAUCAUCAAUCGCCACAUGGUUCAAGAUGAGACUGUCGUGGGGAUCAUUGAAUCUGGAGGGACAGUCGAGAGGAUGACUAGGUACAGUCUUACUUGCCGCGAUGUCGAGAAAGUAGCAAGUGGGAGGGUAGCAGGAGUCGUCAAUCGUACUUGACUAUGGUGGCCUAUGGCCUAAAAGGACAAUACCCCCACGUUCAAAUCCUUUGAGAGCCUUGAAGAAUACAAAUAGCUAACAUUCUUACGUCACGACAGUCAUGCUGGUACUUGAUUUGACCAAGAUAUCGAGUGACAUCAUUUGAUCACAGAAGGCCCUUCCCCCUUCCUUCCCCCUCUUCCCCGCAUUAUUAAUGCAUAAAAAACCCUUUGUGGAUCUGUAAAGUGCCGGUAUGAGACGUCGAAUUCCUAUGUACAAAGAUUGACAUCUUUGUUGUGAGCCUGCGAUAACCGCAGCGCUCGAUUACAUUCAGUCAGCAGGACUCGUGAGCAUUGUUUUGUCGAACACGGCCUCUUAUACUAGCUGCUACGUAGACUCCACAAUCAAACGG